GAGAGUGUGUGAGAGAUAGAGACACUGUGAGGGAAGCCUAGCUAGGAGGAAGAGAGCAAAAAAGGGAGGAGGGUGAUAGAGAAGGGGGCGAAACAAACAACAGGAUGGCAGAGCCGGAGCUGAAACCAUGGAGCAGCCAGGAGAGCUUGAAGAAGGCAGCCGAGGACCAGGAGAAGAUGGAGGGUAGGUACACCGCUACAGCACAACACACACAUGCUGUAGCCUAGCCACCACAUGGUGCAGAGUUGCAUCAGUCACUCAUAGGGUAAUGCAUGAUCUGGUGCAGCAAUGUAUGCAUGCAUUUAUAUAUGGAUGUACAUGUACUGUAUAUGUAUUUGGUCAUGCACAGAUAUCAGGCUAUUACAUAUUGAGGUGGUAUGGGGGUUAGCUAGUGUUUUCUAAUGCCGUGAUUUGCUUCAGGUCUACUGAGAGGUUAAGAGUGGGGAUAUGUUUUGACUUGUGAAAUUCAUCUGUGUCUGAAAGGCCUAUCACAGUUUAUACACACACACACACACACAACAUCUCUGCAUUGAUGCGUUAAUGAGGUCUAGUCUGUCUUGGUAAGCAGGUUCGAAGAUACCCUGGUGUGGUAUUAGUCAACUUGGCAUUCAUCUGAUGGCAUCUUUGUUAUAAACCACAGAUCUCCAUAAGCAUCCAAUAGAAGUCAUGGUGCUUGCAUUAUCCUACUUUCCCCUCAUGGCAUAGCUUAUCAAUUCCUUCCCCAUCUGUUUAGUCUAUUUACAAUCCAGGACCAUUUAAAGUAAAUGUGCUGCUCAACUCCUGAACUAUCAUCAAAAGGAGAGUGCCAGCAAUCCCUUCUCAUGAACUCUACCCUGUCCCCCUCUUUCUUUCCCACCCUGUCACCCUCUCCUCCCCCUACCUUUUCCCCCUCCUCCUGCAGCUGAGGCAGUUCCGGACAACCCUGACAAGCCUCCGUCGCUGGACAAGCCUCCAUCCAAGCCUCCGUCUCCAUCCACCCCUACCCCUACGGCUGCCGACGCCGUGGAAGCCACCACCCCUACCGCAGAGGCCUCCUCCCCAGCCAAGGUGGCAGGCGGCAAGAUUGAACUGAAGCGCAGCAUCACGCUCUUCAACGGCGUGGGCAUGAUCAUUGGCACCAUCAUCGGCUCGGGCAUCUUCAUCACGCCCACCGGGGUGGUGAAGGAGGCGGGCUCGGCCGGUCUUUCGCUGGUGGUGUGGGCCGUGUGUGGCGUGGUGUCCACCAUGGGCGCCCUAUGCUACGCCGAGCUGGGUACCACCAUCACCAAGUCAGGAGGAGACUACACCUACAUCCUGGAGGUGUGUGUGGGGGUGUGGUGGUUCUGUUGGGGGUUGUGUUUGUGUACGUGUUUGUGUGUGUCUGUGUGAUAUCUGGGGGGCUUGAGAAACGAGCAGAAGCCAAAACUGUUGUUCACAGUUGGACGAAUAAAGUUGUAUUGUAGGUGUACGGUGAGCUGGCUGCCUUCCUCAAACUGUGGGUGGAGAUGCUGAUCAUCAGGCCAUCCUCCCAGUACGUGGUGUCGCUGGUGUUCGCCACCUACCUGCUGAAGCCCCUCUACCCAAACUGCAGUGUGCCCGACAGUGCCGCCAAGCUCAUCGCUUGUCUCUGCCUCAGUGAGUAUAACCAGCACUACCUCCGGAAUCGGGUGGCCUGUACAUUGCAGAGAUAAUACUUUUACAAAAAUUAUUAGUGAACUAUACAAAUACUGACACAUACUGCAACACACAUCAACCAAACAGGUGUUUCUUAGCCAGCUGCGUGAUUUAAUAUUUGUUACCGCUACUACUUCUGUAUUCACAAAAUUAUUAUUUUGCAGGCCUCCUUUUUGUGUUUAUUUUUUUACUCUCCCUGCCGUUAAGGGACUGUUUUCCCCCACUGAUGUUAUCUCACUUCUACUGUAUAUUUAUUUUUAAAUAACAAAUGACAUCAAUAAAAUAAUAAUAAAAACAUAAACAUGCAAUUUACAUGAGGGACAAUCAUGUUCUACCCUGUGUUUCCCUCGGUCAGCAUCGUUGACCUUUGUGAACUGCAUCAGCGUGCGGGCUGCCACCAAGGUCCAGGACUUGUUCACUGCGUCCAAGCUCCUGGCCCUGAUCAUCAUCAUCGUCUUCGGCUUCAUUCAGAUCGGCACAGGUAAGGCCACACACCAAGCACACACAUGUACCGGUGUCUGUGUUGGUAAGUCUGACACAUGUCUGACACAUACUCUCAUCCUGUCUAUAGGUUAGUGCUUGUUAUACAUAUUUCACCACGACUUAGCUAGUUAUGUGUAUUAUCCAGUGUUUUCGUAAUAAUCUCUUUAUAAAAUACUAAAGUGAAGCUGAAAAUUACUUUGAUAUUUUUAUAGCCUACUAUCUGCGAUAUAGCUAAACCGUCUGCACCCUCAUGAAUUCUUAGCAAAAUAGCUUUGUAUUUAAAGACAACCCACCCAUCCGAGAUACAUUGUGCUGUCGUGGAAAUUUUACACAGGGACACUCGAAGUCAAUCUUAAAUGGAUAAUUCUUUAUUAUCAGCACACUGGAGAGGUUCCAACCAACUCAAUGCACGAAGUACAUAUAUCGAUCAGGAGCUCCACCGGGGCAGUCCCGUUAGUUCUCUUAUAUACAGACAAGUUAUAUUUGUAUGAUUUAGCUUAUUCAUCAUUCAUAAUUAAUUAAUCAUAAAAGUUUGCUUCAUUCAUGUGACCGACCAAUACUGGGUCAUGCAUGUGACAGACCAAUACCUCUCUCUAAGCUGAGACCUUGAAAUUUAGAUAUCUUUCGUUCUCAAAACAAGGGUCUGGGCGUACUGCCAAAUUGCAGAUACUAAUAGUGAGGAUUAGAUUUUAGCUUCUAUAUCAAAAUACAUCAUUAUAAUAAGUAAUAAUAAAGGUAAUACUUCUAUUAACGGGAGUGAAUCUAAUUUCAUUCAUAAUCAUCAUAAUAAAGCUAAAUUCUACAAUCAAAGUAGUAAGUAAUAAGUAAACAAAAUCAACACUUUAAACCACAGACACUUUCAAACCCUUCAUUCUGGCUUGUACAAUCAUUCUGGGUUGUACAAUCAUUCUGGGUUGUACUUGUAAAACCAUUGCAGUAGAAUGUUUUAACUUAAGACCUUCGCUUCAUACAGUUACACAUAUGCUUCAUUACACAAUUUCAUUGAUGGAUUCUGGCAAUGACAUUUCAGCUGGAGCUUUUGUCGCGAGUGGCAUGUUAAUGACAGAUCUGUAUCAAUGCAUUCUUAGUCUAAAUUACAAUUUAUUUUGCUUUGUGCAGACCUCCACAAUCAACCUGAUACCCCAAAUAAACAAUUUUGGAUAAGCCUAAAUUAAUUACGGGCACGGUUGACCACCCCCCUCCCUGCCGGCACAAAUUAUUACUACUACCAAUAUUCUUAAUACAGAUUUCUAAGACAAAUGUCAAAGAGAAUAACACCACACAGUUGAAACCAUUUUCCCCCCCCCAAAAUGUGCUUAUACUCCCAUAUCAUCUUGGGGAUCUCACCGCAGAGUUACAGGGUCAGGGAGUCAGAGGGCGAAUCCUUAGGGAGAAAUCUCGACCAUCCAGCAGACCCAAUCUGGUGAGAUUUGUAUUGAAGCAAGACAAAAACAAACACAACAACAGCAAUACACUUCUUCAUAUAAAACUAGAGUUGGGGAAAACUUCAAUCCAUUUGGAGUAACUGUCAACUAUUACCAACAUAUAUUUUUUCCUUCAUCGAUUUGCAUAUUUACCAAAGGGCCCCAGGGGACUGGUAAUUCCCCCUUUGGACACAUGACUAUCAUUGUGAUUCAUGCAUCCCAAAAAACAACAACACUGCCUGUUAAAUCAAAAUAACAAAUAAAAUUAAAAUUACAACCCUUGAUGGGCCGUAAUGAGAGCCCCUCUCUUGUAAUCAUUGUCAUUUUGACCUGUUGCAUUGACAUACAGUUCUGUACAAACUGUCCCUGGGACAUAAACUAGUCAAAAUAUGAAACCUGUUGUUUAACAAAUCUGCUAGGGCCUUCAAAAUGUUGGUGCUGGCUUAUUAGCUCAAUAUUCGGUACUAAAACAUUUACUUGAAUCUACUUCAAUUCUGGACACAGUUCCACGUAAUGGAAACAGAUUUUUGUUUUAGAUGACAUUACUUACUUAAAUCACUGGUGCUACCCAAACUAUAGAACUAUUGGUGAGAAGGCAACAACUGUUGGCGCAAUUAUUCUAAAAUGGAAGAAGUUCAAGAUGACGGUCAAUCACCCUCGGUCUGGGGCUCCAUGCAAGAUCUCACCUCGUGGGGCAUCAAUGAUCAUGAAGAAGGUGAGGGAUCAGCCCAGAACUACACGGCAGGACCUGGUCAAUGACCUGAAGAGAGCUGGGACCACAGUCUCAAAGAAAACCAUUAGUAACACACUACGCCAUCAUGGAUUCAAAUCCUGCAGCGCACGCAAGGUCCCCCUGCUCAAGCCAUGUUCAGGCCCGUCUGAAGUUUGCCAAUGACAAUCUGGAUGAUCCAGAGGAGGAAUGGGAGAAGGUCAUGUGGUCUGAUGAGACAAAAAUAUAGCUUUUUGGUCUAAACUCCACUCGCCGUGUUUGGAGGAAGAAGAAGGAUGAGUACAACCCCAAGAACACCAUCCCAACCGUGAAGCAUGUAGGUGGAAACAUCAUUCUUUGGGGAUGCUUUUCUGCAAAGGGACAGGACGAUUGCACCGUAUUGAGGGGAGGAUGGAUGGGGCCAUGUAUCGCGAGAUCUUGGCCAACAACCUCCUUCCCUCAGUAAGAGCAUUGAAGAUGGGUUGUGGCUGGGUCUUCCAGCAUGACAACGACCCGAAACACACAACCAGGGCAACUAAGGAGUGGCUCCGUAAGAAGCAUCUCAAGGUCCUGGAGUGGCCUAGCCAGUCUCCAGACCUAAACCCAAUAUAACAUCUUUGGAGGGAGCUGAAAGUCCGUAUUGCCCAGCGACAGCUCCGAAACCUGAAGGAUCUGGAGAAGGUCUGUAUGGAGGAGUGGGCCAAAAUCCCUGCUGCAGUGUGUGCAAACCUGGUCAAGACCUACAGGAAACAUAUGAUCUCUGUAAUUUCAAACAAAGGUUUCUGUACCAAAUAUUAAGUUCUGCUUUUCUGAUGUAUCAAAUACUUAUGUCAUGCAAUAAAAUGCAAAUUAAUUACUUAAAAAUCAUACAAUGUGAUUUUCUGGAUUUUUGUUUUAGAUUCCGUCUCUCACAGUUGAAGUGUACCUAUGAUAAAAAUUACAGACCUCUACAUGCUGUGUAAGUAGGAAAACCUGCAAAAUCGGCAGUGUAUCAAAUACUUGUUCUCCCCACUGUAUAUUGUGCACACCAGGGAGCAGUGAUAGAGAGAUCAGCAAUCAGCACUGCAUACUCAAAUCAAAUCAAAUGUUAUUUGUCACAUGCACCGAAUACAACAGGUGUAGACCUUACCAUGAAAUGCUUACUUACAAGCCCUUAACCAGCAAUGCAGUUCAAGAAAUAGAUUUAAGAAAAUAUUUACUAAAUAAACGAAAGUAAAAAAUAAAACAAAAAGCAACACAAUAAAAUAAUAAUAAUGAGGCUAUAUACAGGGGGAACCAGUACCGAGUCAAUGUGCGGGGGUACAGGUUAGUUGAGGUAAUUUGUACAUGUAUGUAGGGGUAAAGUGACUAUGCAUAGAUAAUAAACAGCGAAUAGCAGCAGUGUAAAAACAAAGGAGCGCCAUGAGGUGCUACCACAUGGCGCUCCGGUACCGCUUGCCAUGUGGUAGCAGAGAGGUUGGUUGACUGGAGUCUUUGACAAUUUUUUGGGCCUUCCUCUGACACCGCCUAGUAUAUAGGUCCUGGAUGGCAGGAAGCUUGGCCCCAGUGAUAUACUGGGCCGUAUGCACUACCCUCUGUAGCACCUUACGGACAGAUGCCGAGCAGUUACCAUACCAGGCGGUGAUGCAACUGGUCAGGAUGCUCUCGAUGGUGCAGCUGUAGAACUUUUUGGGGGACCCAUGCCAAAUCUUUUCAGUUUGCUGAGGGGGAAUAGGUUUUGUCGUUCCCUCUUCACGACUGUCUUGGUAUGUUUGGACCAUGAUUGUUUGUUGGUGAUGUGGACACCAAGGAACUUGAAACUCUCGACCCGCUCCACUACAGCCCUGUCGAUGUGAAUGGGGGCGUGUACUACUCUAAAGAACAUGUGGUGUCUAUUACAAAGCAAGUUAGUAUAUUUUGCACCACUUUUCUCCAAAUAUAUGCUUGAAAAUAUGCAAAGUAGACUAUCGUGUUGAGUUCAAAAUCAGCACAAAACAUUUUUUUUUUAAAUCUUGAUGAGAUUGCCAUUUUGCAAUGUUGUAAACCCUCUUUUCAUCUUAUCGCAACUGCACCUUUGAUGUAGGCCUGGAUGACCACAAAUAGCCACAACUCAUACGAGUCUCAUUGUUUGCCUCACGAGAUGACGUUAAUUUAUUCCAACAUGGUCAACAAGGACUAAACUCUUCCAUGGUAUGCAGCCUUCUGCUUGUUCAGGGACGAGCGAGAAAGAGAGAAAGAGAGAGAGAGAGAGAGAGAGAGAGAGAGAGAUAGAGGGGAGAGGGAGAGGGAGAGGGAGGGAGGGAGAGGGAGGGAGGGAGGGAGGGAAAAUACACAAAGCAGUUCUUCUCUGGCAAUCCUAGCAAUGGAAGCACUGUCAUUUACAACUAAAAUGAACAGGUAGACAGUGGAUUAGAAAACAAACAUUUUCCAUUUUCCAAUCCUGACAGCAUCUUCCCUUUCUGAUGUAGGCCUCUAUAGUAGGCUUUUCACUGGCCUGGAUAUUCGGUGAAUAAUUGAGUGGAUGGAUGUUUGUUAUCAUCGAAAAGGUCUCCCUCCUCAUUUUAAAAUGUAAACUCCCAAACAUUAUUAUGUUCUCAGUGCAUCAAUGGCAGAUGGACUAACCCAGGGUUAGGUGUUUGGAGGGUGCAGCCUGUGUCAAAAAAAGCUAUUUUCUUUCAUUUAUUUUUCAAAAUGUAAUGUCUAUCAGGCAAAUGUAAUCAUACAUAGCAUGUGUGCAACAGCAAAAUAUAUUAGGCCAAAUCAUCACAACAAUUGUGAUUUUAUAUGGCUUCAUUUUAAAACGUUGGGGAGGGGUGGGCACGCGCUCACGUGUGUGUGUGUGUACACGUGUGUGUGUCUACCAUAUUCCAUGCAGCAAACAUCCGUGCAUAUAAUAUACUGUUUAUAUUCUCAGUUCAUUGUUCGUUGGAGUCAGUCCCUUUAGCCAAGUAGUGACAUCUUAUGCUGCUUUCUUGUAUGUGUCUAAACAGGUGAUGUGCCAUACCUGACACCAGAAUUAGCAUUUGAAGGCAGCAAAUGGGGAGUCGACAACAUUGUGUUGGCUCUGUACAGUGGACUCUUUGCUUUUGGUGGCUGGUAAGGCCUUUGCAACACCACAUAGGGCAUGUUUACACCUGAGUCGUAUUAGGUUCCAACAUAGCAAAAUGUUUCAAAGCCGUAUGCAAUGGAAAGUGUAAACAAGCACUUCUUAUUGGACAAUUUCAGAUAGUUUGCUUCCGUUUGCUUCUAUUUUGUGCCUAGUGAAUACGACCCUGGAAUUAUCAUAUGACUUUCGUUAAUCAAGAUGAUCUGAUGAGGGUUCGAUGCGUCUACACAUGGUAUUAAAAACAUGUCUAUUACAGUGACAACAGUGACAGCAUGUGUUUUGACUGUCUACCUACACAAUCAGAAUGUGGACACAAACUGAUCAUAGGAUGCUAGUUAGAUAAUAUACACUGCUCAAAAAAAUUUAAGGGAACACUAAAAUAACACAUCCUAGAUCUGAAUGAAUGAAAUAAUCUUAUUAAAUACUUUUUUCUUUACAUAGUUGAAUGUGCUGACAACAAAAUCACACAAAAAUUAUCAAUGGAAAUCAAAUUUAUCAACCCAUGGAGGUCUGGAUUUGGAGUCACCCUCAAAAUUAAAGUGGAAAACCACACUACAGGCUGAUCCAACUUUGAUGUAAUGUCCUUAAAACAAGUCAAAAUGAGGCUCAGAAGUGUGUGUGGCCUCCACGUGCCUGUAUGACCUCCCUACAACGCCUGGGCAUGCUCCUGAUGAGGUGGCGGAUGGUCUCCUGAGGGAUCUCCUCCCAGACCUGGACUAAAGCAUCCGCCAACUCCUGGACAGUCUGUGGUGUGGAUGGAGCGAGACAUGAUGUCCCAGAUGUGCUCAAUUGGAUUCAGGUCUGGGGAACGGGCGGGCUAGUCCAUAGCAUCAAUGCCUUCCUCUUGCAGGAACUGCUGACACACUCCAGCCACAUGAGGUCUAGCAUUGUCUUGCAUUAGGAGGAACCCAGGGCCAACCACACCAGCAUAUGGUCUCACAAGGGGUCUGAGGAUCUCAUCUCGGUACCUAAUGGCAGUCAGGGUACCUCUGGCGAGCACAUGGAGGGCUGUGCGGCCCCCCAAAGAAAUGCCACCCCACACCAUGACUGACCCACCGCCAAACCGGUCAUGCUGGAGGAUGUUGCAGGCAGCAGAACGUUCUCCACAGCGUCUCCAGACUCUGUCACGUCUGUCACAUGUGCUCAGUGUGAACCUGCUUUCAUCCGUGAAGAGCACAGGGUGCCAGUGGCGAAUUUGCCAAUCUAGGUGUUCUCUGGCAAAUGCCAAACGUCCUGCACAGUGUUGGGCUGUAAGCACAACCCCCACCUGUGGACGUCGGGCCCUCAUACCACCCUCAUGGAGUCUGUUUCUGACCGUUUGAGCAGACACAUGCACAUUUGUGGCUUGCUGGAGGUCAUUUUGCAGGGCUCUGGCAGUGCUCCUCCUUGUACAAAGGCGGAGGUAGCAGUCCUGCUGCUGGGUUGUUGCCCUCCUACGGCCUCCUCCAUGUCUCCUGAUGUACUGGCCUGUCUCCUGGUAGCGCCUCCAUGCUCUGGACACUACGCUGACAGACACAGCAAACCUUGCCACAGCUUGCAUUGAUGUGCCAUCCUGGUUGAGCUGCACUACCUGAGCCACGUGUGUGGGUUGUAGACUCCGUCUCAUGCUACCACUAGAGUGAAAGCACCGCCAGCAUUCAAAAGUGACCAAAACAUCAACCAGGAAGCAUAGGAACUGAGAAGUGGUCUGUGGUCACCACCUGCAAAACCAGUCCUUUAUUGGGGGUGUCUUGCUAAUUGCCUAUAAUUUCCACCUGUUGUCUAUUCCAUUUGCACAACAGCAUGUGACAUUUAUUGUCAAUCAGUGUUGCUUCCUAAGUGGACAGUUUGAUUGACUUGGAGUUACAUUGUGUUGUUUAAGUGUUCCCUUUAUUAUUUUGAGCAGUGUAGAUAUAAUUCCAGUGUGUAGCCUAUAGAAGGUUGAUGCUAUGCUACUAAUCUAAACGUAUCUAAUAUUAGAUGCUGUAAUGUAUAAUAUGUUGGAAUAUAAAGGAUCAUGUUCUGUUUCCUCUCCUUUAGGAAUUACCUGAAUUACGUGACAGAGGAAAUGAUAAAUCCAGAGAGGUGACUUAUGUGUGAUGAAGGUUUUGUUGAUGAUUGUACAGAGUUACCACAACUACCCUGUAAAUAUGUCUAUCAUUAUGUGUAUGAUUCUCCUCUUACAUUUUGAUUGGACUUAAUUGCACUUGAUUGACUGUAUGGAGGUGAGAAGCAUGGGCUGAACCAUGGGACAUUUUAGAUAGCAAGACAAAUCACAGUACUACUAAUCUAAUAUACAGUAUUUAUCAAAUAUCACACUCUUAUAAUGUAAUAGUAUAAUCACAUUGAAUACAGUCAUGAAAUUGCAUGAAAUUAAAAACAAAUAUUAGAUCAAGUCACACAGUUGACUCUGAUAACCUCAAAUUUGAUUGGCUGACACAUUAUGAGAGCCCCCAAUGACAUGAUCUUUAACUGAUGACCUUGGUUCCAGAAACCUGCCCCUGUCCAUCAUUAUCUCCAUGCCCAUUGUGACCGUGGUGUACGUACUGACCAACCUGGCCUACUUCACCACUAUCCCCCCGAGUGUGAUGGUUGAGUCCGAGGCAGUAGCUGUGGUAAGGAUGGCUUUAUUAAAGAUCACGUUUUGGAGCAGGAAAACAGUGAGCUCAUAUUAGCUUAGUUCCUGCCAUUUAUUUUGCUAACAAAAAGGUAACAGGGGACAACAUAAUAAUAGUAAAGAUAAUACAUUGAGAGGUUGAAUUGGAAUUAGAGUAUUCAAUGGUAGUGCUUUCCCAUUGUAGAUCUUUGGGGAAUACCAUCUUGGUGUGAUGUCCUGGCUCAUCCCUGUCUUUGUGGGCCUGUCCUGCUUCGGAGCUGUCAACGGAAGCCUGUUCACCUCUGCACGGUCUGUAUCUAAUCAAACACACAGAUAACUUGACAAAGAGUGUGUGUAGUGUGUGUAUCUGUGUGUUUUUAUUUCAGUCCUUUGAUACUUUAAUGAAAGCCUAGAGAUUGUAUCAAAAUGCUGCACAACUGCACAACACUCAAUCAUCAGGGUUCGUCUGCCUCUUCUCAUAGGCUGUUUUAUGCUGGCGCUCGAGAGGGUCAGCUCCCUGCUGCACUGGGAUUGGUCCACACUGACCUCUUCACCCCAGUGCCCUCUCUAAUUUUCACAGUGAGUACUGCCAUUGGUCCCUGAAUUGGUCUCAAAUGUAAUGCCAUCCUUGGUUAGACAGAAUUUUACAUUUGAGAACCCAGAAUUGGGAAAGGCUAUAAUCAUAGUCAUCAACUCAAGUCAAUCUGGCACAGAUAAUUAGUUUGUGGAUACAGUGCAUUCGGAAAGUAUUCAGACCCCUUGACCUUUUCCACAUUUUGUUACUUUACAGCCUUAUUCUAAAAUUGAUUAAAUAAUUUUUUUCCCUCGUCAAUCUACACACAAUACCCCAUAAUGACUAACAGAAAAACAGAAAAUAAAAAAUAAACAGAAAUACCUUAUUUACAUAAGUAUUCAGACCCUUUGCUAUGAGACUCGAAAUUGAGCUCAGGUGCAUCCUGUUUUCAUUGAUCAUCCUUGAGAUGUUUCUACAACAGACUUAAUUAAAUUGAUUUGACAUGAAUUGGAAAGGCACACACUUGUCUAUAUAAGGUUCUACAGUUGACAGUGCAUGUCAGAGCAAAAACCAAGCCAUGAGGUCGAAGGAAUUGUCCGUAGAGCUGCGAGUCAGGAUUGUGUCAAGACCCAGAUCUGGGGAAGGGUACCAAAACAUAUCUGCAGCAUUGAAGGUCCCCAAGAACACAGUGGCCUCCAUUACAUUUACAUUUUAGUCAUUUAGCAGACGCUCUUAUCCAGAGCGAUUUACAGUUAGUGAGUGCAUACAGUUUUCAUACUGGCCCCCCGUGGGAAAGGAACCAACAACCCUGGCGUUGCAAGCACCAUGCUCUACCAACUGAGCUACAGGGGACUUAAAUGGAAGAAGAUUGGAAUCACCAAGACUCUUCCUAGAGCUGGCCGCCCGGCCAAACUGACAACCAUCUCUGCAGCACUCCACCAAUCAGGCCUUUAUGGUAGAGUGGCCAGAUGGAAGCCACUCCUCAGUAAAAGGCACAUGACAGCCCGCUUGGAGUUUGCCAAAAGGCACCUAAAGACUCUCAGACCAUGAGAAACAAGAUUCUCUGGUCUGAUGAAACCAAGAUUGAAGUUUUUGGCCUAUGGUGAAGCAUGGUGGUGGCAGCAUCAUGCUGUGGGGGUGUUUUUCAGCAGCAGGGACUGGGAGACUAGUCAGGAUUGAGGAAAAGAUGAACGGAGCAAAGUACAGAGAGAUCCUUGAUGAAAACCUGCUCCAGAGCACUCAGGACCUCAGACUGGGGCGAAGGUUUACCUUCCAACAGGACAACGACCCUAAGAACACAGCCAAGACAAUGCAGGAGUGGCUUCGGGACAAGUCUCUGAAUGUCCUUGAGUGGCCAAGCCAGAGCCUGGACUUAAUAGCUGUGCAGGGACGCUACCCAUCCAACCUGACAGAGGUUGAGAGGAUCUGCAGAGAAGAAUGGGAGAAACUCCCCAAAUAUAGGUGUGCCAAGCUUGUAGCGUCAUACCCAAGAAAACUCGAGGCUGUAAUCGCUGCCAAAGGUGCUUCAACAAAGUACUGAGUAAAGGGUCUGAAUACUUAUGUCAUAUUUCAGUUUUUUAUUUUUAAUACAUUUGCUAACAUUUCUAAAAACCUGUUUUUGCUUUGUCAUUAUGGGGUAUUGUGUGUAGAUUGAUGAGGGGGGAAAAAACAAUUUUAAUCAAUUUUAGAAUAAGGCUGUAACGUAACAAAAUGUGGAAAAAGUCAAGGGGUCUGAAUACUUUCUGAAUGCGCUGUACAUCUAAACAUCUUACAUAGCAACAGAAUAGCAGUUAUUCCCAUUGCAAUAUAUAUUUUUUAUCAUCAUCAAAGUGGAACAUUUACAGCAUUUAAUGGUAACCUUUCACUGAAAAAAAGUUGGGUGUGGAGUAAACGUUUAAAGUAAACGCUAAUUUAUAGUCUACGUACUUAUUCAGCAGGAGAACACCAAUUAGCUAUCACAAAAUGAGACUAUGAAUUAGGCUUAAUACAUGAGCCCAAUGUCUAUAUGAUUCCUCUCCCUGCAGUGUUUCCUGUCCAUGCUUUACGCCCUGUCCAAGGACAUCUUCUCGGUCAUCAACCUGUUCAGCUUCUUUACCUGGCUGUGUGUGGGCAUGGCCAUCGCCGGCUUGCUGUGGCUCCGCUGGACCAAGCCAGAGCUCAGGAGGCCCAUCAAGGUACUGUUACUGUACACAGCCCUAUGAGCACAAGACAUUGAAAAGACAUUGGAAAAAUAUAUAGGAUACGGUAGAAAGAGUAUGUGGCUUUUUCUGUAGCCUACAGGCUGGAGAUCAAAUGUAUGACAAUGUAAUGAGAUGGACACUUUUUACAUCAUGCAGGUUUCUUCGAUCAGCCUAACCUAAAUGGCGCUCAAUCAAAUAAAACAUGUGCUGUCAUGUUAACAAACAACAUAUCCUAAAAACAGGACAGGUCAAAGUAAAAUGGACAAUAUGUAAUGAACAAUCACAGCUGUUGUCCAGGAGUUUCAGCUCAUUGUCAUGAUCAGUGGUUUCAAGUUUGGAUCUGUCAAUUUUUGACAAGCUGAUCAUAGUGAAAAAGAAAAUUACUUCUGCAUUUCCCGCUGUGUAACCACACUGUAAAUAGGCUUGCGAUAACUCCUGAUAAAGUUGGGUAGCUGAUAUUCAGAGCUUAAAUAGCCAAAUUGAUUAGUCACAGGCAUCAGGACUAAAAAAGCCAAUGCAAUGGCAUGUUUUACAAACGGUGGGCCUACCACAUGGAUGGGCAUUCAUAAAAUUCCAUUGUGGCCGACAUGGUAAGUCACUCUGGAUAAGAGCGUCUGCUAAAUGAUGUAAAUGUAAAUGUAAAUGGUAGGCUAAACCCCAGUAAGCACGAGCCGACGUCUUUUGGGCAUCUUUUGUUGGUCCUGUCCGGAUGUCGUUUUUUGGUGUUUUACAAACGGUAGGCUUACCACAUAGAUGGGCAUUCAUGAAAUAAAAUUUCAGGCAACACUGUAGGCUACACCUCAGUAAGCACGGCCGACGCACGGCCAACGCCUUUUGGACAUGUUUUUUUUGUGCAGUUCAGGACUGGCCUUGAUUUCCACAUACAUUGGUUUUUGGUCCGGUCCGAACCAAAUCUGAACCAAUCAUAGAUGUCUAUGUUUGGUUCUAAUUUUGUCCGGUCUGGACCAGCCUUGAUUUGACCCAAACAUAGACGUCUGCAAAUGAAUUAUUUUCAACUUUCAUUCAGAACCAACAAUUAGCUUGAUUUCAUCGUCCUGGAAAAUAUGUAUUUCUUAACAUACGGAAAAAACCUUUUCACCUUUAAUUCAGAACCUAAAUUGAACCUAACUUCAACGUCUGUAAAAUUCGUAUUUUAGACGUAUUUUCAACGAAAUUUUGCUUAUUGGGACUAUUUUAGUUUUGUGGGGGGGCCAUUUUUUGGUCUCGCCUAUGGCGACAGAACGGCCCUACUCAAUUAAAAUAUGUUCCCGGAGGAAGUCGAAAAUAAAUUUUUCCAUCCGCAGCACAAUAGCAUGUUUUAAGUGAUAUGAAGCUUAUUUUUGUUUCAUCCAGUAACCGUUGGGUUUGUGUACAUGAAUCUUAUCUUAUUUUCCAUGGCAGAUUUGGUUGGUGGUCCCUGUGGUGUUUGUGCUGGGCUGUGUCUUCAUGAUCGUGGUGUCCUUCUGGGCAGCUCCCUUUGAGUGCCUGAUAGGCAGUGGGAUCAUCCUUACUGGUAUCCCCGCCUAUCUCCUGGGGUAUAAGUGGAAGAAGCCCCACGUUGUAAAGAAGAUCCUAGGUGAGCUGGCUAUGCACAUAACUCUAUAUGUAUGUACAGUACUGGGAAGUCAAGGCUGGAGAUAUUUGUGACCGUUUUUUUUCUUUUUUUUGCAUAUAGCAUUUGUGUUUUUGCACAUAGUAACAAGCUGUUUUGUGUCUAAGGUUAAUAUCCAGUCAAAUAGAUUUGUAUUACGUUUUUACUCAAAUGCAAAGUUUGCAUGUUUACCCCCAAAUGAAAUUUAACAUACAGAGUAAAUAAGGGUUUAAAAGAAAAACAAUCGUACAGGUUAAGGUGAUUUCAAAUAGUCACACUUACACGUUUCUACAUGUAAUCUUUCCAUUCCUGCAAAUUAAAUGUGGCCUUCAGAGUGUUAGACUACCAAAAUGGGUGUUUUCUAUUUUCAGAGAUCUUUACUCUGUUCUGCCAGAAGAUUUUUAUGUCCGUUCCAGAAGAACGUGAAGAGAUGGAGUCAGCCGAAGUAGCUGAAGAAGUCGAAACAACAAAGGAUGACUGAGUCAAUGUUGUAGUUGGAACAUUACAUGUUUACCCUCAUUGUUGAUUUUGUUACAGAGUUCUAUGACUCUUGGUAAAGUAGGGGUUUAUUCAAAUUGCUUCGGUGUACAUAUUUUCUAUUUUACAUGAAUUUUCUUACUGUAUUGUCUCUUUUUACUCUCUCCAGCAAUUCAAUUCCAGUAAUUCCACUUUCCAGUCAUAUUUUGCUUUCACACUUUUUCAAAUGUGACCUAACCUAACCUUUUUUUUACGUUUCAUAUGUUUUAACCUAUUUUGCACAGUAUUCAAUAGGCCUGAAUUAAGCUAACAAAAAGAGGAAAAUCUAUUUCUAUCAACAAAGUCAUAUUUCCAUCAAGUGUUGAUAUGUUCUCUAGACAAUCAUCCAAACAUCUUUGAUAAUGCAUACAAUACCGUGUGCUUCGUCUUAAUGGUCUUCAUCUAACUAAAGAUAAUUACAUAUUUGACUUUUGAAUUAUAUAAUUAUUAACCCCCACUUUAACUGAAGGUAUGUAUUUAACACAGUGUAGUUGCAGGAACUAGCUACUGGUUACUUAAUGUGAUUGCACAAUGGCCAUCAAUCUAUGAGAAACCCAUUAAUUUAUUCAGGUAACUCAUACAACACAUUCUGUAAACUACCUUAAUUUUGGAGUGUAAUGUUCCUUUAACAUUAUUGCACUCAUGAUAACAAUUUACAAUUUUAAUUUUAACAUCUAUUUAUUUAUACACUGUAUUGCUACAAGCAGUUUAAAUCCGUUGUUUGGAACACAUAGUUAUUUCCCAUUCUCAAAUUCACUUUGAAACAUUUUCAAAUCAUUAACAAAUUUAUUCGACAGAUUACUAUUUGAAGCACAUUUGUGCAAAGUAGAUUUCUGAUGUGAUUUCUGUUCUGAUGUGUUGCCUUAAGAUUGUUGUCACACAAGUCAGUUGCUUGUAUUGAUACCCAAUGCCAUGUAUACCUCUCAGUUCCUACGUCAAACCAUGCCUUUACGAUAUCUUCGUAAACAUUGUUUUAUGUCAUUCGAUACCAGCAGUUAUGAAUAUGGCACUAAGCCUGUCAAUUUUCUUUGUCUCAACUUGCUACCGGUUUCCAUACAUUUUAAACCAUUAUAUUCGGCGAAUACAUUUGAUAAAUGUUUUUUAUUUUUAUUUGUACAGAUACCUUGCAGGAAAUGCAGCUUUC